UCAAUAUAUCGUUUUAUGGAUCUGAAUAUAUAUUUUUUGUAACUGAAAAAUGCUUGCACAUAAAUUCAAUUGUAAAAUUCAUUUUUAUCGAUAAUUUUUUAAUUUUUUAUUUUGGAUAGACUUGAUGUUGUGAUUGGGGAUUGUUGAUAAUGGAUUCUGCAAGGAGUUGGUUUAAGAAAUGCCAACAGAAGAACGAAAAAGUAGAAAAUUCACCAAAGAAAAAGAGAGAAAUGGAAAAUGUGAAGUGCUAUACACAUAAGCCUCCCAUUGAUGGGGCAGUGGCACCUUCAACCGCCACGAAACAGAAGGUUGCCGCCGCCAAGCAGUAUAUUGAAAACCACUACAAAGCUCAUAUGAAGAAUUUGCAAGACAGAAAGGAGAGACGUUGGAUGUUAGAGAGGAAACUUGCUGAUGCUGACGUUACUGCAGAAGAACAAAUGAAUAUGCUUAAAUUUUUAGAGAAAAAGGAAACAGAAUACAUGCGCCUUCAAAGACACAAGAUGGGUGUUGAUGACUUCAAACUUCUGACCAUUAUAGGGAGGGGUGCAUUUGGGAAGGUAAGACUUUGUAAAGAAAAGGCUACUGGCAAUGUGUAUGCCAUGAAAAAGCUCCAGAAAUCUGAGAUGCUUCGCAGGGGCCAGGUCGAGCAUGUUAAAGCAGAAAGGAAUCUCCUUACUGAAGUUGACAGUGAGUGCAUUGUCAGGCUUUAUUGCUCGUUUCAAGAUGAUGAAUUUUUGUAUCUUGUAAUGGAAUAUCUCCCUGGGGGUGACAUGAUGACAUUACUGAUGCGGAAGGAUACCUUAACUGAGGAUGAGGCAAGGUUUUAUGUUGGUCAGACAGUUCUUGCAAUUGAAUCCAUCCAUAAACACAACUACGUCCACAGGGAUAUCAAGCCUGAUAAUUUAUUGCUUGACCAUAACGGUCAUAUGAAGCUCUCGGAUUUUGGAUUGUGUAAACCCCUUGAUAGUAGUAGCUUUCCAGACCUUAGAGAGGAUGACCAUGUAGGGGGAAGAAACUUUAAACCCUCAAUGGACAGUGGUAAACAUUCUAAUCUUCCUUCUACACCAAAGUGGACACAACGGGAGCAGUUGUUACAUUGGCAAAAGAAUUGGCGAACAUUGGCUUAUUCGACAGUUGGUACUCCUGACUACAUUGCCCCAGAAGUGCUGUUGAAGAGAGGAUAUGGGAUGGAGUGUGAUUGGUGGUCGCUUGGGGCAAUUAUGUUUGAGAUGCUUGUAGGAUACCCACCUUUUUAUUCUGAAGAAGCUUUGUCGACAUGUAGAAAGAUUGUAAACUGGAGAACCCAUUUGAAAUUCCCUGAAGAAGCCAAGUUAUCUGCUGAAGCUAAAGAUCUCAUUAAAAAACUCCUUUGCAAUGUUGAGCAGAGGCUUGGAACUAAAGGAGCUCAUGAAAUAAAGGCACGCCCAUGGUUCAAAGACAUUGAAUGGGACAGGUUAUAUCACAUGGAAGCUGCUUUUAUACCAGAGGUUAACAGUGACCUUGAUACACAGAACUUUGAGAAGUUUGAAGAGUUGGGGGCUCAAGUACAAACAUCAAGAAAAUCAGGUCCCUGGAGAAAGGUUACUUAA